AUGAAGUUCUUACCCUCCCUUAUCGUCCUCAGUCUUUCUGCGCAGGCUCUUGCGAGCUCUUACGUCAAUUACGUUACUAAGGACCGGCGUGAUCUUUCUAUUUAUGAGCAGGCUAUAAGUCUUAUUUCCACUGCUAUGGUGGAAUUCUAUCACCAGAUUCAGAGUUAUCAGAAAGGUGAUCUCGGAAGCAUUCUCAAAAGCUGUGAUGAAGUUACUCAAAUGAUAAAGCUUGGGAAUACAAUAGUCGGUCAGCAGAAACCCCUUACUGAGCCUGAGGCCGCUAGCCUCCUCGCCUACAUGGGAGACUCUGGGUUAGAGAAUAUAUUGGAAGAGGUUAUAAAGGAUCUUAUCAACAAGAAGCCGCCUAUUAUUGCUUCUGGUUCGGGUCCUGAGCUUGGAUUAGCGCUUUACAGAAUGCAGAUAGCUUCUAUAGAUUUCGAGGCCAAGAUCUUGGAGAAGAUUCCCCCAGGAAGUGCUGAAGCUUCUAGAGACCACUGGUAUAAUAAGGUUGUCUUGGUCAUUGGGAAAGGUGUUGAUAUCUUCGAUAAGUCUGCCCAUCACGCGACAAUACCUACCGCACCCCCUAUAGGUGCUAUGGCGACUGGUAAUUUGCCUGCCGCCCCUGCUUUUACUGGUGCUGCCAGUGCUAACUAG